AUGUCGUCUUCUGCGGACAACCUGAGCCCCAAACAGCGCUUCCCGGGGCUUCGCAAACCGGAAGUGAAGCCAGUGCAGCCCCCUUCCAUAAAAACAACGCGARUUAAUGACAGUUGGCAGGUCGAUAAUGGGUGGACAUUUCGAAGCAGCGAAUGUGAAACAAUGGAAUCGAGUGAUCCAGAUUACGAUUCUGAUUGGCCCGUGAUCAACACAUUAAUAUCAUCGAUCCAUCCUUACACUCCUGAUCCGGAUGACAGGACAACGGUUCAGGAUAUGAUCUCAAAAAGGUUUCCUGAUAUUCGAACUUCGACGGAAAUUACCACCGAUGAGGAAUUAUGUCGAAUGUCGGCCUAUGACAACGUCGAGAGAGUACCGAAGGCUCCGCCCUCAGAAAUCAGCGAACUCACCGAAUUUUCGGACCCCUGGACUGAACUCAACCAAGUUACUACAAACACAGAGAAAAUUUUUCAGCCUAAAAUCACUCUGCCUUCCGAAAGCUCUCUCUCCACAAUCUCGCAGUACUUGCAGCGUCUCCAAAGCGCCGACUCCCCCUUGGAGAAACUGGAGUACCUCCUCGCCGCCAUUGCUACAAUUUUCAAUUCGGUGAAAACCGGCCAAUUGACCGGCUCUGGAAAAUCCGUUCAGUUGGGCGCCGACGACUUCCUCCCCCUUUUCGUGUGGGUUUUAGUCAAAACGAAUUUCGUCGCUGCUGAAAUCGAAGCUGAAUACAUGUGGGGGCUGCUCCACCCCUCCCUCCUCUCCGGCGAGGGGGGCUACUACCUGACGACGCUCUCGUCGGCCGUUCACGUACUUAAAAAUUUCAAAGAAAGUUGUGUGGAGAACGUCAAGAGUAAUGUAAAGAAUGAUGUAAGCAGUGCUGAAAUUGCUGAAAACGCACUGAAAUGUUUUUUUUUUCAGUCGGUGCUGAAAGUUGUCGUUCCUGAUGAGUUGCACGGGUCGAUUCUGACGAAAACCUUGCCGGCGAAGCCACACAUGACGACGAAAGAUGUGUGCAAUAUCAUCGCCCACAAGGCGAGGAUCACCAAUCCGCAGGAUUAUGCCCUCUACAGGGUCACCGACGGGGAAGAAACCAUGUUGUUGGAUAAUGAAUGUCCCCAGGAUUUUAUCAACGGGGGGAAACACACAAUGUUGGCCUACAUGACCAAAGCUUAUGGAAGGGCAAUGUCUCGAAUAUUUCAUUGUUGA